AUGGAAGAAGGGGAUAAUUCUGUGGAACAAUCAGCUGCAGUUGAAGCUCAAGGAGAGGCCCUAACCCGUCAGGGUGUAGGAGGGCUAGCUGUACAGAUUCCUCCCAUGCAGUUUCCUACGCAAUAUGAUGGGGCUGCAGAAUUUAAAGGCACUGUGGAUCCUUUAGAAGUAAAGCAGUGGUUAGAAAGCAUGGAAAGGGUCUUCAAAAAGUUACAAUACACAUAUGCCCUAAAAUUUGAGUAUGCAAUUUCCUUACUACGAGGGGAUGCCUAUGAAUGGUGGAAGACCAUUCCUAACAGUAUGUUGGAGCCUCCAGUUCUGACCUGGGAAGACUUCCUUAGAGAAUUCAGGCAGAAAUAUAUCCCAGAUGCAUAUGUUGACAUGAAGCUCCAAGAGUUCUUGAGUUUGAAGUAG